AUGUUCGGCGAAAUUGUCGAGGGACGAUUAUUAUCUUGUUCAGAGAGAAGAAGAAAACUUAUUUUAGCAUUAUUAAAAAGACAAAGACAUUACAGGAUAAAUACUACAGUAGAUAAAUGGAUAGAUGCAUACCUUGACCAAGAUUUUCAUGGGCAUUUCCGAAUGACAAGAAAUACAUUUACAAAAUUGGUAUCAAUGUUUAAGCAAGAUGCACAAAUGGAAGUAUGUUAUACUGGAGGUUACCAACCUAUGACAAUUGAAAAAAAAUUACUAGUAGCUCUUUGGUACUUGGCUAAAGAAGGAGCUAUGUUCACUGCUGGUGAAUUUUUCAACAUUGCAAAAUCUACUGUUAAAAAAAUUAUUGACCUAGUAGUGAAUACUUUAUGCAGACUCUCUUCAAAAAUAAUCGUUUGGCCUAAAAAAUUAGACUGUGUGGAAAUUUUGGAAAUUUCACAUUACACAGCACAUUAUUAUCUUCAGAGUAUAUCAUUUUGCCAUCAGACAAGAUAAAAUUGACGAACGUUCCACUUUCAGACGACAUAACUAUUAAACUAAUAUAACUUUUAUAACUAUACAACUUCUUCACGAGAUUUUCA